UUCAUCCAUAAUCUUUAAGUAGAAUUGUUUGGUAAGAAAGACGAAAAGAAGAUGACAACAGCAGUCGAGAUGGCCUCACACUCUCAGGUUUUAAUGGAAGAUAAAUAUACUGUUAGAAUCUUGACACUAAACAGACCAAACCAGAUGAAUGCUCUGUCUUGGAACAUGAUCACUCGGUUGCUGCAACUGUUCCUCGCAUAUAAGGAUGACCCCAGAGUGAAACUAGUCAUCCUAAAGGGUCAGGGAAAAGCAUUUUGUGCUGGUGGCGAUGUUCGACCUGUUAUUUGUGACAUCGUACAAGGCAAAUGGAGACUCGGUGCUGAUUUCUUAUCAGAUCAAUACACGCUCAACUAUGUCAUGGCCACAUAUAGCAAAAUUCAGAUUUCAAUUAUGAAUGGUAUUGUCAUGGGAGGCGGAGCUGGUGUCUCCAUCCAUGGUCGAUUUCGUAUUGCAACUGAGAAGACGGUUUUUGCCAUGCCUGAGACAGAACUGGGGCUCUUUCCAGAUGUAGGUGCCUCAUACUUCUUGUCAAGGCUCCCUGGCUUUUUUGGAGAGUAUGUUGGCCUCACAGGAGCUAGGUUAGAUGGCGCCGAAAUGCUUGCUUGUGGUCUUGCAACUCAUUUUGUGCCUUCGACGAGGUUGACUGCACUAGAAGCAGAUCUUUGCAGAGUUGUUUCAAAUGAUCCAGAUACCUUUUCCUCAAAAAUUCUCAAUGCAUACACUCAGCAUCCCCACCUGAAACAGCAUAGUGCUUACCACAGGUUAGAUGUUAUUGAUAAGUGCUUCUCGAGAAGAACGGUGGAAGAGAUAAUAUCUGCACUUGAGAGAGAGGCCAUUCAGGAGCCAGAUGAAUGGAUCUCAGCUACACUUCGAGCUUUGAAGAAGGCUUCACCAGCAAGCCUUAAAAUCUCUCUUAGAUCGGUUAGUUCCUCAAAAUGUGUCACGUGUAGUAAUGGGAUAGAACUGACGUCCUGUAUAAAAUUUCAGAUAAGAGAAGGACGGUUUCAGGAGGUGGGGCAGUGUCUUAUCCGUGAGUAUAGAAUGGUGUGUCAUGUGUUGAAGGGCGAACUAAGCAAAGAUUUGGUGGAGGGUGUCAGAGCCGUAGUGAUAGAGCUGUAAACUGGGCGAGCCCAUGUCCAUUAGCCCAUAUCCAUUUGUCCAUUCAUUGUUUGUGGACAGCAAAGUGACCAUGUCCAUUAAGAACCAUGUCCAUUAAAGACUAUACCCACUAACACCCAUAUUUUUAUGGGCUGCCAUGGGGUCCAUAAUGACCAUAUAAGAAAAUUUUAAAUUUUAAUUUAUAAGCAUACAAUUAUAUAUAAAAGUUCAUAAAAUUAAAAUUCAUCCAUAAAUUCAAAAGUACAACAAUACAUAAGUUCAUAAAUACAACAAUUACGGUUUUGGUGGGAAAAACUCGAUUUUGCAGUUUUGACGGAAAAACUCGAUUUUGCAGUUUUGACGGAAAAAUUCGAUUUUUCAGUUUUGGCGGAAAAAACUCAUUUUUGCGGUUUUGGCGGAAAACUCGAUUUUCUGAUUUUGGCAGAGAAACUCGAUUUUUCGGUUUUGCCAUGGGGUCUAUAAUGACCAUAUAAGAAAAUUUUAAUUUAUAAGCAUACAAUUACAUAUACAAGUUCAUAAAAUUAAAAUUCAUCCAUAAAUUCAUAAGUACAAUAAUACAUAAGUUCAUAAGUACAACAAUUUCGGUUUUGGCGAGAAAAAUCGAUUUUGCGGUUUUGGCAGAAAAACUCGAUUUUCCGGUUUUGGCGGGAAAAUUCGAUUUUGCGUUUUGAAGAAAAACUCGAUUUUCUGGUUCUGACGGGAAAAUUUGAUAUUAAAAUUUAAGCGAAAAAAUCGAUUUUACGAGUUCAGCGGAAAAACUUAAAUUUUAUAAGCCUUAGGUUUUGUGACCAUUGGACAGUCCACGUCCAUAAAGCCCAAAACCAAUAAAUACCAUUUUCUUAAUGGUUUUCCACAUUUUGUCCAAUGAAAACUAAUGGAAAAAAUGGGUUUGUCCAUAUUAAGCCUGUUUGUAUAUGGACAUGGGCAACCAUUGAACGGCCCGCCCAUUUGACACCUCUACGUAGUGAUAGACAAAGAUAGGAAACCAAAGGUUUAACAGAAACUCGCCGUUUAAUAUUUGUGGUUAUCUCAUAUUUGUUGAUAUAAUGUCAUAAAUAUUGACCUACAGUGGGAGCCACAGCGACUGGAGCAGGUGACGGAUAACAUGGUAGACCAGUACUUCAAGAGAAUGGAUGAAGAGGAGGGAUGGGAGGAUCUAAAGCUUCCACCAAGGAUUAACUUGUCUUCUUCAAUAAUCGCAAAGCUGUGAAUUCGAGAAGGUGAUGGAACUGAUGUGAUUGUCCAUUGUUGGAAGCAUAUCUUCCAAUUUUCUCGUUGUUGCUUGUCACGCAAUCUUUUUGAAAGUAUUCAGUUAGUGUUCAAUGGUGAGAGAAUUGGUUUCCCUUAUGUUUAAGGAUUACGAUUGUAAACUUCCUUUGCUUCCUUUAUUUCAUGUUUUAAUCAUAAAUAAAUAAAAUAGCAUACUUAUGUUUUA